AUGACGCCUGCAUCUGAUUCCGAUCAUGAGAGUGGUCCCAAUCCCUUUAUCCAUCCACGAACCUCCACCGACAUCCCUGAAAAUGAGAAUCAGCCCCUUCUCGGACAACCUACUUUUGGCGCGAAAUCCUCAGGAGUGGCUCGCAUCGAAGCUGUCAACUCUACCUUGACACCAUGGGAUAGAACUAUGAUGUUUAUCGGAGUUUUCAUGGUGGGGUACGCGUACGGACUCGACAGUCAAGUGCGCUCAACAUAUCAAUCCUAUGCCACUUCUAGCUUCGGCGAACAUUCCCUCCUUGCAACCAUCAACGUGAUCCGCAGUGUGAUCGCCGCCGCCGCCCAGCCCGCCGCUGCUAGGGUGGCCGAUGUGUUUGGCCGAUUUGAGUUGGUGGCAGUUUCUAUGAUGUUAUAUCUCAUAGGCACAACGAUAGAAAGUACUGCCACCAACAUCCAAGUCUUUUCACUUGGCACAGUAACUUACCAACUUGGAUUUACGGGUAUCGUCCUCUUGGUAGAGAUCAUUGUGGCAGACAUAACCUCAAUGCGAUCGCGUGUCCUGUUUAGCUAUCUGCCAGCCACCCCAUUUAUCAUCAAUACCUGGAUCAGCGGAAACAUCACUUCCAUGGUUCUGGAGAGGACAUCAUGGCGGUGGGGAAUCGGCAUGUGGUGCUUCAUAUACUCUUUUUGCUCCAUACCUCUCCUCUUGAUAUUGUACACCACCAGCCGUCGAGCUCAGAAGAACGGUUCCCUCAACAAAUUCCCUAGCCCUUUUCUAUCUCUCGGAACACGCCAGCUGGCUACUACUCUAUUUCACCAACUGGAUGUCGUUGGAAUGAUCCUUUUGACUAUGAUAUUUGGUUUCAUACUAGCACCGCUCACCAUUGCAGGAGGAGCACAGUCUCAAUGGCGUUCGCCUCAUAUUUACUUGCCUCUAUUGCUAGGAAUCAAAUGUAUCCCGGUCUUUAUUUUCUGGGAGACUAAAUGUGCAAAACACCCCCUGGCUCCGUUCCACCUGCUGAAAGAUCGAGGGGUUUGGAGCGCCCUUCUGAUUCGAUGUCUUCUCAACUUUUCGUGGUACCUGCAGGCAGACUACCUGUACACAGUCUUGAUUGUCGCUUUUGACUUUUCUGUUGCGACUGCCACACGAAUUUUGUCUUUUUACUCUUUCUUCGGGUUGAUCAGUGGUCUUGUCACUGGCAUUAUUAUCUAUAAAGUGAGACGAUUGAAAUACUUCAUUGUGGCUGGGACCUGUCUUUUCAUGGUAGCAUAUGGUCUGGUCAUCUACUUCCGAGGUGGUGCGUCUGAAAAUUCAAAAGCGGGUGUCAUUGCGGCUCAGAUCCUUCUUGGCGUCGCCGGAGGUUUCUUCGCAUACCCGACCCAGGCAUCCGUCCAAGCCGCGACGAAACACGAAAAUAUGGCAGUUUUGACAGGAAUUUAUCUGGGGUCGUAUAAUAUUGGAAGUGCCCUUGGUACUUGUGCCUCAGGCACAAUUUGGACACAAACUCUUUACAAAUCUCUCAAAGAAAGUCUUUCUUUCCAGUCCAAUUCUACUCUUGCACGUGCAGUCUACGACUCGCCAUUUGAGGUUAUUCCAUCAUACCCCAUUGGAACUCCGGAGAGAGACGCAAUUAUCCACAGUUACCGCCAUGUACAGCAAAUCCUUUGCAUAGCUGGAAUUUGCAUUGCCGCACCAAUGAUUGUACUAGCGUUUGUUUUAAGAAACCCAAGACUUUCUGAAGAGCAGAGCCAACAGGAGGCAGAAAGAGAUGGAGAUUUAUAA